AUGCCAAUGAGAGAAAAAAGUAAUUCUCAAUUAGGCGAAUCGAAAGACAUCGCUCUUCGGAGAUUAAAUUGGUUAUAUAAACGAUUAAAGAAAGAACCAAUUAUGUGGGAACUAUAUAAAAAUUUCAUAGAUGAAUAUCAAAGCUUGGGUUACAUGUCGGAAGUAGUCGACUGUGAAGAGCCUGAUAUUACAUACUACAUUUCUCAUCAAGGUGUAUACCGCCCACAGAAUAGCUCACCUCCUCUCCGUGUUGUCUUUAAUGCCUCACAAGCCACUCCAACUGGAUAUUCUUUGAACUCUCUACUAUUAAAUGGUGGAAUUCUUCAAGAAGAACUGUUUUCAACUUUGUGUCAUUUUCGAACUCAUCGCUUUGCAUUUAUAGUGGAUGUUAAAAAAAUGUAUAGACAAAUUUUAGUUGAGGAUUCACAGCAAGAUCUUUUGAGAAUUUUAUGGAAAAAUAGUGACGGUGAUUCUAUCAAAAUUUACAAGCUGAAAACCGUGACAUAUGGCACAAGUUGCGCGCCAUUUUUUGCAACACGAACCUUGAAACAAUUUUUCAUUGAUGAAGGUGAAAAAUUCCCCUUUGCAACACCUGUUGUCAUGUCAGACUUCUACAUGGAUGAUUGUUUGUCUGGAUCAAAUACAUUGGAUACUCCGAAAGAAUUACAAACCGAACUUAUUCAAAUGCUCGCUUGUUGUGGGAUGGAGCUGCACAAAUGGUGCUCUAAUAGCCCUCAACUUUUGAGUCAUAACUGUGUGAAUAGUGACUACUUGUUCGAUUCCUCAAAUGAAGUAAAAGCUCUGGGAUUGUUGUGGAAACCUGAAGUUGAUUGCUUUGCCUUUAGAAUGACUGUAGAUAAUUCUGCUAAAUAUGCAAGGAGAACUGUGUUAUCAGUUAUUGCAAAAACUUAUGAUUACCUUGGCUUUGUUGGACCUUUAAUUACAAAGGCAAAGAUUUUCAUGCAAACUGUUUGGUUUUUAAAUAUAGAUUGGAAUGAUUCACUUCCAACAAAAGAAUCAAAAGAAUGGACCCAGUUUUUGGACUCACUUCACAAGGUUAAUGAUUUGGACAUCAACAGAUUUGUUCUUAUGGAAAAUUUAAAAGUUGUAGAACUUCACCGAUUUUCAGAUGCAAGUGAAAAAGCAUAUGGAGCCGUUAUAUAUAUAUAA